AUGCAAUGGGCAAUUGAAAAAUCGAAGAAAAUUGACAAUAUUGGUGCCCUGUUACAAGAUUAUCAGACAGGCCAUGUCGUUCCUUCUUCAGAGGGACAAGAUCAAUUGCAGCAAAUCUGUUCAGAGAAUGGAUUCCCUGUGACUGUACUCCAAUCAAUUUUCAGCAACCUCGCCAAAUCUCACUGUCGUCUUUGGAUGUCGUGGAAUUGCCACUGCUUGGAACUGCUGAGAUGGAGUCGCCCCUUUGUUGAAACUGCACACGAAGCUGAAGAAAAUCUCAAGGAGCAGUGGGAUUUAUUAAUCAUGAACUCCCAGGAAAUAUGGAGAAAACUAAUUGGUGUUGAAACCGUUAUGAUGGAGUUUGAAACACCGGAUGAUCAAGAGGAGGAGGAUGUUUUAGAGGAUGAAGCAUUACAAUUCCACGAAAAUCCAUUCCCAUUUAACCAAACAGAAGAUAUGUAG